AUGAUAAACGUCGACAACCUUUGGUCUCUGGCCGUCGCCUCUGGGUUACUGGCCAUAUUUCUCAAUAUACUGUGGGGGCGAUUCAAAGAAUACCAAGGACGCAAAGCCCAUGGCUGCGGCGUUAUCCCAUCCUAUCCUCAAUGGGAUCGCAUUUUCGGCCUCGAUCUCGCCUUGAGCCAAAUGAAGGCCCUCCCUGGAGACACUUUUAUCCCAUGGCUGGCAGCUAUGCAUGAAGGCCAACCGAGCACAUUCAAGGUCCGUUUCCUCGGAAAACGCCAAAUCUACACCACCGAGACUGAGAACCUUAAGGUUAUGACAGCGAUCAACUGGAAGGAUUUUGGCAUCAGUCCUCUCCGACGCAGUACGAAAGCUUUCCACCCGUUCGCAGACAAAGGUGUCAACACCGUUGACGGGGACGACUGGGUGUUCAGCCGUUUCCUCAUCAAGCCGUUCUUCAAUCGCGAUGUGUAUACGAACACUGAUCGGAUCAGGCCGUAUGUGGACUCGUUAUUGUCUCUACUGCCGCCGGAUGGAGAGACAUUCAACAUCCAGCCCCUGCUCCAGCGAUGGUUCCUGGAUUUGACCACUGAUUUCAUCCUUGGCGAGCCUAUGGGGGCCCUCAAUCAUCCAGCCAAGGCCAAAAUCACAUGGGCCAUGCUGGAUGUUCUUCGUGGCAGUCGCCAGCGUAUGCAGGUCGUUCGCAUGAUCAAGUGGUUCAACUGGGACUGGUGGCUCAAGGCAGUAUACGAGGUUCAUGCCUUUGUCGACACACAUAUCACAGCGACUUACAAAGAAAUCGAAACCCGCAAGCCACGCAUCGCUGCUGGAGAGAAAGUUGGCCCUGAGCGGGAAGACCUUCUAUGGUACAUGGCAUCACACGACUCCGACUACGAAGACCUGCGGUCUAAAUUGGCCCUGCUGCUGGUCCCGAACAACGACACAACUUCGAUCUUCAUCAGUAAUGCCCUCUGGCACUUGGCUCGUCACCCGGAUGCGUGGGCAAGAUGUCGUGAGGAGGUACUGACAUCAGUUCAAGGGGGUGAGGACGAAGCGGUUGGUCAACUCAGCUUCUCCACUCUCAGAGGCAUGAAGUUUCUCAAUGCUUGUCUUGAUGAGACUCUGCGACUAAACCCAACCAACGUCACCCAAGUCCGUAUCUGCAUGAACGACACGACCCUCCCACGUGGCGGAGGCAAAGACGGCCAGUACCCCAUCUUCGUCCGCAAAGGUGACAUGGUCCAAUACAGCAGCGCAAUCGGGAAUACUGGGGUGAAGACGCAGACGAUUUUCGUCGAUUUUCGUCCUGAGCGCUUCCUUGAGCUGAAGCCCUUCUGGGAGUUCGUGCCUUUCAGCGGUGGUCCUAGAAGGUGCCCAGCACAGAUGAUGGUCAUGACGGAGGCUGCAUACCUGGUAAUGCGCUACGAGCGAAUCGAUUCCAGAGAUGCGAAUCCAUAUCAUGCUAUUAUGCGGAUUGGACCAAGUAACAAGACUGGUGUUUUGGUUGCCCUCCACAAAGCACGCGAAGGAAAUUAG